UAUAUAACAAGCGUCUGGCUACGCAUUUAACAUAUCAUAAAUCUUUCACACGCGUACACACUAAGAUGGAAACAUUACUGGUGAAAGCUGAAAGCAAGCCACAUGUGGUGUUCGUACCAUAUCCAGCACAAAGCCACAUCAAGUGCAUGCUAAAACUAGCAAGGCUAUUGCACAACAAGGGCCUAAACAUAACCUUCGUCAACACCGAGGUUAACCACAAGCAGUUACUUAAGUCCGGAGGGCCAAACUCUCUCGAUGGUGAACCAGGGUUCCAGUUCAAGACCAUUCCCGAUGGUGUUCCCGAGGGUACACCAAACUUCAUGUAUGCAGUCACUGCCUCUAUUCUAGUCAACUUCUUGGAUCCCUUUCUUGACCUUAUGGGAAGGUUAAAGAAUCCAGGUACUUGUAUUCUUGCUGAUGGUAUGAUGCCUUUCACUGUUGACGCUGCUGAGAAGCUUAAAGUCCCGAUCAUCCAUUUUUGGACAUUUCCUGCUUGUGCUUUCAUGGGUUAUUACCAAGCUCCAGUUCUAAUUGAGAAAGGACUUAUCCCACUAAAAGAUGAAAGUUGCAUGACCAAUGGGUAUCUUGACACAGUAAUAGAUUGCAUUCCAGGAUUAGAAGGAUUCCGUUUAAAGGACCUUCCGGGUUUCAUUAGAACCACAAACCCAAAUGAUGCAGACUAUAAUUAUGUCAUUGAGUCCAUCAAGGCAACUAGGAAGGUCCCAAACAUAAUUCUCCACACAUUUGAGGAGUUAGAGUCAACCGUCGUCAAAGCCCUCCAACUCAUGAUUCCUCGUGUCUACACGAUUGGGCCAUUGGAGUUGCUUCUAAAUCCGAUAAACCUUGAAGAAGAAACAAAGAAGUUGCAUAUUAAGAGCUACAGUCUGUGGAAAGAAGAAGAUGGGUGCCUUAAAUGGCUGGAUGCAAAGGAACCACAUUCAGUGAUUUAUGUCAAUUUUGGAAGCCUAAUAUCAGUGUCUUUAGAACAGUUGCUUGAGUUUGGCUGGGGACUUGCUAAUAGCAAUCAUUACUUUCUUUGGAUCAUCAGGCCUGAUUUGGUUAUUGGAGAAUCAGCUUCUUUUCCUCCAGAACUCAAAGAGAUGAUUAAUGAGAGAGGCUUUAUCGCAAAUUGGUGUUCGCAAGAAGAAGUGUUGAAGCACCCUUCAGUUGGUGGGUUCUUGACUCAUUGUGGGUGGGGUUCGACUAUUGAGAGCUUAUCGGCUGGGGUCCCCAUGCUAUGUUGGCCAUAUUUAUGGGACCAACCAACUAAUUGUAGGCAAAUGUGCAAGGUAUGGGAAGUUGGCAUGGAGAUCGAUAGUAACGUGAGCAGGGAUCAAGUCGAGAGGCUCACAAGGGAGUUGAUUGGAGGAGAGAAGGGUAAACGAAUGAGGAGCAAGGCAAUCGAGUGGAAGAAAAAGAUUGAAAUUGCAACCAAUGCUAAAGGCUCAUCCUCUUUGAACAUUGAGAAACUUGCCAACGAUAUUUAUAUGUUUUCAAGAAAGUAGAAACCAUUUGUUUUUGUUUUUCUUAGAUCUUUUAUCUAUUGAUAAAACGUAAAAGGGAUAAAUUAGAAUUCGGUUGUAAGAUGUAUUUGCAUUAGACUCAAUUAUAAAUUAUUUCAGUUCUAUUUAUGUUGUACGUCCAAAUUAAAAAUGAUUGAUUUUUAAUGCCAGUUAGGUUUU